UCAAAUUACUUUUUUCGUUAAAAUUAGUUUACUUAGUGUACGUACACAGUUACAGUACAGUACCGUGUACAGUUAUCAUAUACAAUACUGUAUAAUUAUUAUGCUAUAGGUAUCUGUGUAGUGCAGUUAAAAGUGUGUUUUUAACAUCGAGACGAUGUUAAAGACAAGUAAAUAUUAUUACUCUGACGCCAUGUUUCAGUUGGAGAUAAAUCUACACAAAGUUCGCAAAGAGCUCAUAACUAUGCUAGAGUUUUACGAACAGACGGACUGCGAAACCUGUUUACUACUCAAAUGUAAAUGUACUAAAGCGGACACACCGUCGACCAGUGAUACCCAAUCCAACAAUAAAAGUGGCAGCAAAAGUACAACCAAUAAUACACCUUGUACCGACACAGGUAAAGAAAAAAGUUCUCCAGCAGCGGAGGCUCUGCCUACACCAAAAUUGGAAAAAAAAGACAAAAGUCCUGCCCCGUCUACACCAGAGAAGGUUACUGUUACUAAAGAUAUAGAAGCUUGGAUGGAAGCCUCCAAAAAGCUCGAGGCGUAUUCUGAAAAUGUGAUUCUGAACCCAAAAAAGUCUCUGGUAACCAUAGAAAGUGUGAGGCCGGCUGAUUUGCCGUUGAAAACUCUUCAGAAAUCUAGCGUUUUGAAUAGUUCAAGUUUCUUGAAUAGCCAAAAUAUUAUGAAUAGUUUAACUUUGGAGGCGUUUUUGAAAUAUGUCAAACCGCAAAUGAGUAAUAGUCAAGUCGCGUACGUGUCGACAAAAUUGGCUGAGGCUUGUAAGAACCAGAUAAAGCAGAAUUAUAGUUAUUUCUAAUCAGAAUUCAAAUGAGUCUGCCUAAAAAUUGCGUAAAAUUAUACUAGAAAAUUGUUUAAAACAAAAAAAAAUAUCUAUGUCAAUUUUAAAGAAAAUAUUAUACAACCAAAAAAAAAAAUUUUUAAAUUAUAUUAACACUCCGUUGUAUAGUUAUCACUAAAGUUAUAUUUUCAUAAGGUUAGUUUAAACAUUUAGUGUAUCUGAAUUUAUGAUCACUGACGUUAUUGGGGUAGGCCUCAAGCUAUUCAUUUGUGAUAAGUGCUAAUUUGUUUACGUUCUCUAAUCCUAAUCUUAAUUGUAAACUCUAAAUAUAAGUUCCCCUGAUUCAAUCUCAUAUGAACAUCUCAAGCCAUCCGAUAACAGGUGCCACUAUACUCUUAGAUCUGACAUUUAAGUCUAGGUUUAGAGAAACAAAAGAAAUUAAUAUAAAAAACAAAUUAUUGAAUAAUGAUACAUGCAUUUAAUUAUAUACUUUGUGACAAUAUUUUAGGAACUGCGAUUGAGUAUUGUUAUUUUUUUAAUGACAUGUAUAUAACGGACAUAAUAUUAUAUGUAUACUAUCUAAGCAACCGCUUGAAACUGAUUUCAUGCAUUUUGUAUGGAGCUGAUAUUUAUGAUAAAAUGUACGGGAAUAGUUACAGGCGCAGACUUUUAUAUAUAUUAUGAAUGUAUGUGAAUUCUAUAUUAUGUCUCUACACUAAAUUUAAUCGCAAGAUUUAUAUAAGAAAAUAUUUUUAAGAUAUGAUUUGUUAUUUUUAAGAAGACCUGACAUUACUUAGUAGUAAUAUAGCUUACGUAAAAUUAAACUAAGAAAAAUUUCAAAUUAAAAUAAAAAGUAUUUCAUUUGAAAUAUUGUACAUAGUGUUUUAUAACACAAAAACGAAAA